AAGCCAAGAUCUUUGUUCAGGAAUACGUACGUUUUUCUGACAGUGUUGUCUCUCUCUGAUAAUAAAUACGUUUUGCGCCAUGUCCUGUGCCGAGCGAUCUCAUUCCAAAAUUACUAAACAUGUAGCGUUUAGAGGUGCGACAGGUCAGGUUGUGCUUCCUUCUCAAAAGAAACGAUAUCAACCUUUAUUUCCAAUUUAUCAAGUCUUAUGAUAAACGUCUUGUUUUUUCAUUCGCGAUGCAAAUUGUAUUAACAGGGCGUCUGAGAGUCGAUAUCAUAAUAUUCAUAUGAACGGUGUUCACAUGGUGAUGAUGUUGUUUGCGGUAUACAUUUGGGCGUUCCCAAUACCCACAUGUAGCUUUAUACCACAACAGCCUACGCAAAUUUUCAUCAUACUUUCGUUUAUUUUGGGUCGAUUUAUUAUGCGCUCCAUUCAAAUACACUUGUUCCAAUCGAUUGCUUAUCGAUCUGUUUAUUAUUUCUACCAAGACCAAAUGUUCGUUUCAUUUAAUAAAUUAAACACGACGAUUAGGAAGCUUCACCUCGUUCAUUCAAGUUUGUGCUACACUUGUUUGCAAGUACAGAGGAAGUGCCCGCGACAACUGUUCAUAAUGGCUGAGCAGCAGUAUCACUUGAAGUUUGAUGCCUCGAAAGGCCAGGCUGUAGACGAUUACGUGGAAUACAAAAGGAUUGUCGGUGACGAUGACGGCGGGAAAAUGUUCACACCCGAAGAAUUUGAGGAGUACAAGAAGAAAGUCUUGCCAAUGCGCAUGAAGAAUCGGCUGUACACCGCUUUUACGUCGCCAACCGGGAUGGACUGUAAGCUGGUGGGACCGGAGACCCCGUGUUUCUGCAAACACCGCUACAAGCAGCACAAAACCGACUUCGACGUGGUUCCCAGCGAGCGACCCAUUAAGCUGCCGUGUCGCUCCUCUGGGUGUAAAUGUGCCUCAUACCAUUAUGUGCCACUGAAUGGAUCCCAACCCAUUCGUUGCCAUUGUAAACAUACCGCAGACGAGCACAAGGAGUUCGGAAAAUUUGUGUGCUCGAAGGCGGGUUGCACUAAAUGCACGGGUUUCAAGAGUUCGUUCAGCUGUGGUUGCGGCUCGCCACUCAGCGAUCACCGUAUGAUCGUGGAGACAGGGGAGGAACGGGAGGCCCGGGGCCACCCCCUGGGCGAGGCGACACCGUACGCGGCCAUGGGCGGUAUCACGGGGUUCUCCUCAAUGGCGGAUGGAUACAUGAGGCUGGACCCGAGCGGAAAAGGGGCUCCAAAUAAGGGUUUUCUAGAGCAGUCUGUGACAUCAUCGGAUAAUCCCUUCCUAAGAAGCAACGUUCAAGCCAUUAAACAACAUCAGAUGCGCAAGAAGGCGUCAGGUCUGACGGGCCCGGAUGACGAGAUAUUCGACGACCAGGCUGAGCGCGUGUCCUCCAGGCGACGACCAGGCGAGGACGACAUGGCGUACUACGAGCGAAGAUAUCAGGAGCGGAAACGCAAUGAAACGACUAGAGGCGUCGCACCGGAAGCGGAAAUGAGUCGCCUCGAGAUAGGUUCCCGUAAAGCAAUUGAGCAGAAACCCAGGACGCCUAAGAAAUAGUCGCCCUUGAUGAUAUUGAAAGAUAAAUAUGGCCCUUGAACAAUAAUGUUGUGCUUGAAUAAAGUUUCUAUAUUUUGCCUGUACAAAUGUAUCAAGUUAGUUAUGUUUAUAAAUUAAUGCUUUACAUAUGGGAAUAUAAUUAUAUGUAUAUGUCUUUUUAACUGUUAUAAUUUUGUUUUAUUAAAUUUAUUUAUAUAUUUUUAUAAAUAACCGUGUAUUAAAACGCGGCUAUUUUUUGUGAAACAAAAUAAUCAUAUAUAUAUAUAUAUAUAUAUAUAUAUAUUCGCACACAGAUACAAUCACCAAACAAACCACCGAACUUGCGUAUAUGAUCGCUUUUUAUAUUUAAGUUGAAAGAUAUUUUUAUUUAAAUGAUUUAAUUGUUCGACAAAAUAAUUUUUUUAACAGUAUUUUGCAUUGAUAUUAUGUCAUUCAAAUGUUUAUAAAUAACACAUAGUAUUGUACAGAUAUCACAGCCACAUACCCCGGUAGAACACUACAUAUUGAAAUAAUGCUUGACUUGUUCACGAAUAAAAGUAUGCUUAUGAGGUAUUCAGGAAUUCGAAGAAAAUAAUCGAAACGGAUUGAUUUUAUGUCUAUCUUAAUUGUAUUUAGAUGCCCUAACCCGAAGGUAUAAGUGAUCUCACAUUUCAAAUGUUCGUGCGUUAUAAGUAAUGUGCCGUGAAAUAGAUAACCUAAAGGAAAAGUGUCAUUCAAGUCCAACAAUAUUUUAAUGCUAAAAUACUAGUAAUCAUCGUUUAGAUACUUGUUAUUCAUAUCUUUCUUAUAUUAAAACGUCACACAUUCUUUAACCCAUUUAUGCCUAGUGGACUCUCCCAUCCUUCUAAAUUGGAUCAAUUCAUUUAAACAAUUAGGGAUGUCCAGUAUAUUUAUUUCUAUAUUUAGAAUAUUUCUUACAGAAAUUCCGUUAAGCAAGCAGCGCAGAACCUGAUGAGACGCCGAAUCAUGCGGCGUCUCAUCUGGGUCUACGCUGCUUGCCAAAGCCUUUUUUCUAGACGCUAGGUAUGAAUGGGUUAGUAAUAAGACAUCGGUUUAAAGCAGUUAAGUACGCUGGGCGGCAUUUUUUUGUUUCCCAGGGUCAUUAUUGCAUUUAAAUGGGGAUGGUCAUUAUUCAUAGCUGUAUUUAAAUGAUACACAAAAUCGGAUUUACAUUUGACUCGUGAUAUUUUCUAUAUUACACAUUUUAAAAAUACCCUCUAAAAAUCUGCUAAAAUCAAGGUGUUUAAAUUUGAAGAGAAUGUAUUUUCGUUCUUAUAGUAUUUUUUAAAUAAAAACUAUGAAAAGUAUACAUGAAAUUUCUUUCCAAAUAAUAAUUGAUAAGCCCUAAACUGGAAAAUGCGUCGAUAAUUUGACAAUCAAAUGCCAACUUUGCCUUUCGCAUCUGUCAUUCAAGUAGUAAAUUUCAAAUGAUACACAUGUAUAUGUUAAAGACGUUAAUUGAUGGCGGAUAUUAGAUACACGUAGCUGAUAAU